AUGGCCUACCUCAACUCCACACUCAAGCACAUCAUCUAUAUGAAACUGCCAGAAGGGGCAAAGGUACCAAAAGGAAAAGCUUAUCAGGUAGUAAAAGGGCUAUACAGACUCAAGCAAUCAGGAUGGGAGUGGAACAUGGAGUUCAAUAAGUUCCUGUGGUGCACAAACUUCCAUAGACUCGAUUGCACACCAUGUAUCUACACCAGAGGAAAGGAGGACAACUUUGCAAUAGUGAUUAUCUAUGUUGAUGAUACAUUGAUUAUAUCUCCAAAACUGACAACAGUCAAGCAAAUUAAGAGGGAGAUAGGCAAGAAGUGGAAAAUGGAGGAGGGUGGCAACAUAUCCCAUUUUCUCAGGAUCAAGAUCUCCAGAGACUGCAAGGCAAAGACUAUGGACCUCAUGCAAACCAGCUAUGUCAAGCAGCUAUUAAAUGAGCAUUUAGAUAAAUGCAGAAGAAAAUCCAGCAUACCACUCCAGGACAUCCCAGUACCAGAGACGACAACAAGCAUAGCCGAGCAGAAGGAAUACCCACAAAUCAUUGGCAAACUCCUAUGGCUUUCAAAUGGAACAUGUCCAGACAUUAGCCAAGCCAUGGGUGUCCUCGCACACUACAUGACACAACCAUCGAAGGAACAUUACAAUGCAGCACAGAGAGUGCUCCAAUACUUGGACUGCACCCAGGAUGUCCACUUGCAAUAUGGUAGCAACAAGCAACAAGAUUUUCUGGUGGCACAUAGCGAUGCAAAUUGGGCAAGCAAUGCCAUGGCACAAUGUAAGAGCUUGUCAGGGUCAGCAGUUUUCAUACACAGAAAUCUGGUAGCAUGGAAGUCAGUGCUACAGCACUGCACCACCUUAUUGGCAGUAGAAGCAGAAUUUGUGGCAGUGACCAAGGCUGCAUGA